AUGAAAGAAAACGAAAGGAAAUGUUACAAGUGUGGAUGUUCUCCUGCUCAUGAUCGUAACAUCACCUUGCAUCGUUUUCCUAAACCUGGGAGAACAAAUAGCGUACGAUGUGAAUUAUGGGCGAAUGGAUCUGUGACUGCACAUAGGCUGUCAGUUCUUAUAAAGGAGGUUCUGCAACAUUGUUUUGAUGCUGGAAUUAAUAUUUCAGCUACAGUGUGUGAUAUGGAUGGUGUGAAUAAGAGAGCUUUAAGUAUCUUGGGAGCAUCUGUAGAACAGCCAUAUAUUCUGCUAAAUAAUCGAGAAGUGGUUACCAUUUUUGAUACUCCACAUUUGCUCAAAUGCUUUAGAAAUAUGUUUUUAAAAUAUGACAUUAAAUGUCCAACAAAUAUAACAUCAAAUGAUCAAAUUGGAUUUGGUGUUGCUAAAUGGAGCCAUAUAAAGGAGUUUUAUGAAACAGAUAACACCAAUCCCAAUUUUGUGUUUGCACCGUGCUUAAAACAAGAACAUUUAAAUCCAAAUACGAAGCAGAAGAUGAAGGUGAAGCUAGCUGCACAAGUGUUAAGCCACUCAGUUGCUGCAGGAAUGUAUGCUAAAAUUUCACAAGGGGAACUCUCUUCAGAGGCUGUCACUACAGCUAAUGUUAUUGCAAAUAUGGACAAGCUGUUUGAUUGUGUCAACGCAUGCACACCAGACCUAAGAAGGGGGAAACCAUAUUCGACAAACAUGACAAAUAAUACACCACAUCUCACACAUUUCACUUUAAUGAAGAAAUUUUUUAAAGAAAUGACGUUUUUGGGAUGCAAACGAGCUCCUCCAUCCCAAGAAGGUUGGAUAUGGUCCAUCAAUGGAAUAGAACGAAUUUGGAGAAAUCUCAGUUCUAAACAUAAAUCAAUAAAAAGUUUGGAAACAAGAAGGCUCCAGCAGGACCCCUUAGAAAAUCUUUUUGGAUGCAUUCGGGCCAAUUGCGGCUGCAAUUCAAAUCCCACUGCUGGGCAGUUUGUUGCGGGUCUUAAAACGGCUGUCCUUAGCAACUUAUCUUUUAUUGGGACAGGAAAUUGUGAAGAAGACCAAAAUCAAGUUAUAUUGACAAAUUUUAAAUCUUUAUUAUCUCCACCCACAGACACACAGACUGCUUAUGCCACAAUUUUAACCGAUGAGUUAGAAGAAAGUGUAAAUUCUACAUUUGAAUGUAGCUUGGAAGAAAGCAGUGGCGAAAUACAAGCAUGUGCCUAUGUCUGUGGGUUUAUAGUAAAAAAUAAUCUCAACAAAUGUGAAAUUUGUAAAAAAAUUUUUGUAUCUGAGACACAAGAGAGAUCACAUACUUUUAUUGACUUUAAAGAAUAUAGUGAUCUAAAAAAGUCCCUUAAAUACGCCUCUAAAAACCUCAUUAACUGUAUUGAAAGUAGUGCUACGAUGAUUUAUGAUUUUUUAGAGGCAGAAGCAUAUAAAAAAAAAUUAAAAGGGACAAUUAAAGUUUUGUUAAAAAACUCAAUAAAUUGGGAGUUUCUCGAUGAAUGUCCAGAACAUAAAGAUAUGAAUAUAGAUUACUUAUUUAAUAGCGUAUUUCACAUUUGUAUGAAGAGAUUUUGUAUUUUGAAAAAUCGGCAAUUUGCAGAAGAAUACUCUGCAUCUGCUCUUAAAAGAAAAAUUGAUAUCCUGCAGAAUAAAUAA